UCAUCGAAGACAGAACUAGAUCGCGUAAAAAAAGCUUUCUAAGCGUGAAAGCUGAAAAACAUAUUUUUCACAUUCGCAAUAGAACGUUCAAAAUGGUGCAUACAAUUUCUGGAACACCAUGUAUUAAAUUGAAUAAUAACGAUGCAUCACCAAAUACUUCGAUAAAUCGUUCGUAUCACAGUUGUCACAGUUUGUCCGUUACGAAUGGCAGUAUACCUAGGAUGGCUCAGUUGAUCGAUGGUAAGCAGAUCGCGAGUGAAAUACGAGACGAAUUACGGGAAAAAGUUGUUAAAUGGAAAGCACAAGGCUACCGUGCACCCCAGCUAACUGCCAUAUUGAUUGGAGAAGAUCCAGCCAGUGCUACGUACGUUAGCAACAAAAUGAAGGCGGCUGCAGAUGUUGGGAUUACCAGUAAAACAGAACGAUACAACACGGAUAUAACUGAACAGGAACUGUUGGCUCGAAUAUACGAGUUAAACAUCGAUGAUACUGUUGAUGGGAUUCUGAUACAAUUGCCGAUACCUGAUCAUAUUGAUGAAAGAAAAAUCUGCAACUCAGUAUCAUGCGAUAAGGAUGUGGAUGGGUUUAACGAACGUAAUAUAGGACGUCUCUGCCUCGAUAUGAAUACUUUAAUUCCUUGUACACCGCUAGGUGUGCAAGAACUUCUGAAGCGAGCCAAAAUCGAAACAUUUGGCAAAAAUGCUGUAGUUGUAGGCAGGUCGAAAAACGUUGGCAUGCCGAUAGCUAUGCUGUUACAUGCAGAUGGACGAAAUGACACAUGUGCCAUGGAUGCUACAGUGACCAUUUGUCAUCGCUUCACUCCUCCUGAUGAGCUUAAAAAGUUUUGUCUCUCAGCUGAUAUAAUAGUUACAGCGACUGGUGUGCCAUGUCUAAUCAAGGCUGAUAUGGUUAAAGAAGGUGCUACCAUUAUCGAUGUUGGGAUCACAAGAGUAUCGGAUCCAAUGACAGGGAAAUCAAAACUUGUGGGUGAUGUCGAUUUCGAUGAAGUACGUAAAGUAGCCAGUCAUAUAACCCCGGUACCUGGAGGUGUUGGCCCAAUGACUGUUGCAAUGUUGAUGAAGAACACGAUUAUUGCUGCGAUGAAUUUAGCUAAGAAAAGAAAUCAACUUGGAGUUGGUGAAAAAAAAUAAACUUGUAGCAUUUAAUGCUAUGUAUGGUCCACCCAAUUCAUCAUUGUCCUUUGAUAGGAACUGUUAUAU